AGAGCCCCCCUACUCACCUAACUAACUCAAUCACCGUCUCUGCUCAGGAGCUAGCUAAGGAUGAACAAGGUGAAGAUCAGCCAUGGCAAUCACAAUAGAUCUGGAGGAGGAGGCCUCAGCAGGAUGCUGAGGGAGCACAAGGCCAGGCUCUACAUCAUCCGGCGAUGUGUCGUCAUGCUCCUGUGCUGCCAUGACUGAUCCAUCUCUGCUCUUCUCUUCUCCGAUCCUAGGCGUUCUGUUCUUGAUUUUGUUCCCGUUUCUAGCUAGGCUUGAUAGAGUCUUUUGUGUGUACAUACAUACUAUAUAGGGUAGCUUAGAAGUUUCAGAUAGACGUUGCUGAUGGUUAAUGUGGAUGAUAAAGUUUCGUGUGGUAUCGUGCUCCUAACUCCUAAGUCCCGCGAUGGGCAAGGAUGUGCGUCCCUUGUUGUGUGUUCGCUCCAUCAGAAAUGAAAAUAUCUCAGAAAAAUGG